AUGGCCGUGGUGGAGCAGCGAGCCCCGGCCACAGAGGGAGUCCGCAUCGUGUGCCUCUGCUUCGGCUGGUACACCGUGAGCUCCGGGGGCAACGUCAUCAACAAGAUCAUCCUGAACAGCUUCCCGUACCCGGUCACCGUGUCUCUCUUCCACAUCCUCUCCAUCGUGGUGUUUCUGCCGCCGCUGCUCCGAGCCUGGCGGGUCCCUCAUCACGCACCCGUCCCCAGCCGCUACUACCGCUGCUACCUGCUGCCGCUCGCCUUCGGGAAGUACUUCGCGUCCGUGUCGGCCCACUUCAGCAUAUGGAAGGUGCCGGUGUCCUACGCGCACACGGUGAAGGCCACGAUGCCAAUCUGGGUGGUGCUGCUGUCGCGGAUCAUCAUGAGAGAGAAGCAGACCACCAAGGUCUACGUGUCGCUCAUCCCCAUCAUCGGCGGCGUCCUCCUGGCCACCGCCACAGAGCUCUCCUUCGACGUCUCCGGCCUCGUCAGCGCUCUGGCCGCCACGCUCUGCUUCUCGCUGCAGAACAUCUUCUCCAAAAAGGUGCUGCGCGACACCCACAUCCACCACCUGCGCCUGCUCAACGUCCUGGGCUUCAACGCCGUCAUGUUCAUGCUGCCCACCUGGAUCCUGGUCGACCUGUCCUCCUUCCUCAUCAACGCCGACCUGUCGGACAUGUCUGGCUGGACCAGCACCCUGCUCCUCCUCCUCGUCAGUGGCUUCUGUAACUUUGCUCAGAACGUGAUCGCCUUCAGCGUGUUGAACCUGGUCAGUCCUCUGAGUUACGCCGUGGCAAAUGCGACAAAGAGGAUCAUGGUCAUCAGCAUCUCGCUCCUGAUGCUGAGGAACCCCGUGAGCCUCACCAACGUGCUGGGCAUGAUGACCGCCAUCUUGGGGGUCUUCCUCUACAACAAGGCCAAAUACGACGCCAGCCGAGAGAAGAAGCUGCUGCCGAGCUCUAAGUCGGACCUGGUCUUCUACGACAGCCCGGCUCUGUCCCACGGUCAGAGCAACGGCUCGACCGCGCCCCUCCUCCCCCCCACGCCUCCCCCGCUGCAGCAGAGCCAGUGGAGCGGACUCCCCGACCACUUCCAGUACAGCAGGCAGACCUACACGACAAACCCCCAGUACGUGGUGUGA